UGUACAACAAUCUCUUUAUUUCUGCCGACGAAUUGCAAGGCUUGGACUUCCUCCUUCCUCCCGCUCAGCACUUCUCGGACCCGUUCAACGUCGGGGAGUGGCAUGUCUUGAAGGAGAAUGAGUCCAGCUCUCUUUUCGACGUCAAUUUCAUCCCAGAGCCCGUGGCAUACAAUCCCGAGGCCUUCUACGAGCUUGUGCAACCGAGCGGCAGCAGUGACGGCCUUUCUCUGCCUUCUCCUUCCUCCGAAUAUUCAUCUGCGUUGGCCUCUCCGAUCGCUACCCAUUUCGAUCUUGAAGAGACUGAGGAGGCUAUCACUACAUCCAACCCAGCGGCUCCGCUCCCAUCAUCUACUUUCGCCUUCAAGGGCUCCGGGCCUAAGUUCUAAU